AUGCCGUGCGUCAGCUCAUAUCUGGAGCAGAUGGUGAAGACGUGUAGUGGCCUUAGCUCUGCAUUAGACAGACUUGACUUGAUGGUUGAUCAAAUGCUAUCCGAAUUCAGGCUGCAGAAGGACGAGCUGAAAGAGAUCAUGAAGAGGAUGCAGCGUGAGAUGGACCGAGGCUUGCGUUUAGAGACGCACGAGGAGGCCAGUGUCAAAAUGCUGCCCACUUACGUUUUCUCCACCCCCGAAGGAUCAGAGGUAGGCGACUUCCUGGCUCUGGACCUGGGGGGCACCAACUUCCGGGUGAUGCUGGUCAAGGUGGGAGCGGACGAGGAGAGGAGCUGGAAGGUGGAGACCAAGAACCAGAUGUACUCCAUUCCUGAAGACGCCAUGACGGGAACGGCUGAGAUGUUGUUUGACUACAUCGCGGAGUGCAUGUCCAAUUUUUUGGACCAUCACAACAUCAAGCACAAGAAGCUUCCCCUUGGUUUCACGUUCUCCUUCCCAGUGCGUCAUGAGGACAUCGACAAGGGAAUCCUUCUGAACUGGACCAAAGGUUUCAAGGCUUCUGGGGCUGAGGGGAACAAUGUCGUGGGUUUGCUCAGAGAUGCUAUCAAGAGGCGUGGGGACAUUGAGAUGGACGUUGUCGCCUUGGUGAAUGACACAGUGGCCACCAUGAUUUCAUGCUACUACGAGGACCGCAGCUGUGAAGUGGGGAUGAUUGUCGGUACCGGUUGUAACGCCUGUUACAUGGAAGAGAUGUGGACGGUGGAGCUGGUGGAAGGCGAGGAGGGCCGCAUGUGCGUUAACACGGAGUGGGGGGCUUUCGGCAAUAACGGCGAGCUGGAGGAGUUCAGGCUGGAGUACGACAGACUGGUGGACGAGACCUCCAUCAACCCUGGACAGCAGCUUUUUGAGAAGCUGAUCAGUGGCAAGUACAUGGGCGAGCUGGUGAGGCUGGUCAUGAUGAAGCUGGUCAAUGAGAAUCUGCUGUUCAAUGGGGAGAUCUCGGAAAUGCUAAAAACGCGCGGCAGCUUCGAGACGCGACAUGUCUCGCAGGUGGAAAGCGACUCGGGGGACAGGAAGCAAAUCUACAAUAUUCUGUCGUCGCUGGGCGUGCUACCGUCCGAGCUGGACUGCGACAUUGUGGGUCUGGUCUGCGAGAGUGUCUCCACUCGUUCGGCUCACAUGUGUGGCGCCGGCCUCGCCGGCGUCAUCAACCUGAUGAAGGAGCGACGUGGCCUGGAGGCCCUCAAAAUCACCGUGGGGGUGGACGGCUCCGUUUACAAGCUGCACCCGUGUUUCCGUGACAGGUUCCACAAAGUAGUCAGAGAGCUGACACCGCAUUGCGAGAUCACAUUCAUCCAGUCAGAAGAGGGAAGCGGCCGUGGGGCGGCUCUUAUCUCAGCAGUGGCCUGCAAGAUGGCGGCCUGCAUGCUGACGCAGUGA